AUGACUGUUUUGAUAAAAAUUUACUCCACCUUCAUCGCUGACAUUAAGCUUCCUUCAUCAAACAGCAAAACGUUAACCAGUGAAGGCGAUUGGGAAUUAUGGAAUGGACAUUACUACCACCACCGCGAAAAAUCAGCAGCAAAUUCAUGGUUUUCAGCCGAAGAUGUUUGUCGACAACAUGGCGAGACUGUUCAUUUGGCUUCAAUUCACAGUCGGCGAGAAAACGACUUCAUAAAGUCACUCUCCUCAGACGAAGGCGAACAAUGGAUAGGUCUCACUGAUCACAACAUUCGAUCCAAUUCUUUUAAAUGGAUCGAUGGCUCACCAUACGAAGAGUUCACACAUUGGGCGGAGGGAGAACCAAACCAAGCUACAGUGGAUGAAGACUGUGGAGCAAUGAAAGCAGAUGGAACAUGGAUAGACGUGGCUUGUAAAAAGCAAAGACUUGGAAGUGACACACCAUUCGACAGAAGGGCUUUUACAUGUAAAACAUCUGGUAAGAAUUUAUCGUUGUCCCUUACCAUCGAUAACCUCAUGGGCCGGGUUGUUCAAAGUCCGAUAAAGCUAACCCAGAAUCGCUACUUAAAAUAUUUUCGCAUUAGCGUAGGCAUUAACAUUGCCCAUUAAAAAUACAUUUCAACAACUCCACGUGUAACUUAUAACUGUUAUGUUUUCUUAGGAAACACAGUGUGUUAUGAACCACCGCCAGCCUUACAAGAGGAAGUAAGUGUUGACUACUUCUAAAAAUA